CCCACCCAUCAGCAGCCAAUGUCAUCGAUCAGCACUCAUUCUUCCCUUUACAUUUGAGAGUUUCAUUACAACAGACGCUGUUCUUCCUCUGUUAGCACUCUGUUAACAUCUAUCAAUCCAUCUGUCUAUCAUUUCUUGAAAGGACAAUUGAACACCAAGUUUUUAAUGGGACAUUAAUUACAGGCACCCACCAAAAGAGAGAUUCUCUGGGAACAUCUCAGCAAGAGAAGCUACAUAAUAUAGUGUAUCUCUGGUCAGAAAGGAGGACCUGACAAACAAAGCUUCCUGAACCCCUGCCUGUGCUCUCCACCAGCAGCCGAAAAUGGGGAAUGCCAAAAGCAGCGCUAUGUCCAAGGAGAUCCUGGAGGAUCUCAAACUCAAUACCAGAUUCUCAGAGAACGAACUGUCACAGUGGUACGAGAACUUCCAGAAGCAGUGUCCGUCUGGUCGGAUCUCACCAGACGAAUUUAAAAAGAUCUACGAACGCUUUUUCCCAGACAGUGAUGCCGCAGCAUACGCCCAGCACGUCUUCCGCUCCUUUGACACGAAUGAUGAUGGAACGUUGGAUUUCAAGGAAUACAUUAUUGCUCUACACAUGACAUCAACUGGAAAGACGGAGCGAAAGCUGGAGUGGGCCUUUUCACUUUUUGAUGUCGACAAGAACGGCUACAUCACCAAGUCAGAAGUGGCAGAAAUCUGUCAGUCUAUCUUUAAGUUGAUCCCCAAAGAAGAGCAGGAAAAUCUUCCAGCAGACGAGAACACUCCCGAGAAGAGAGCAGACAAACUGUGGUCGUUCUUCAAUAAAAAAGACAAUGGUAAUAUUGUGUUUUUAUGUUAAUAUAUGUUCAUAUGUUUUACAUAUAGUUUUUAUAUAACCCUUUACUGUUCAUAUAUUUCAUA